CCUGACCCUGGGCCUGGAUCGUGGUCUAAAUGAGUAUGCAUAUGCUUGAUUAUCUUGAGUGGGGUAAACCAUGUAAACUAGAAAGUAAAAGUCUUGAAACGUUUUCUCCAAGUACAACUUCACACUUGCAACGCUGGUAUUUUGGUUAUGGAGCACACAAGAAUGGAAUGGUCUUGGUGAUUCGUCAAGCGAAGCCUUCAAGCUAGGUGCAUAGCAUAGCAAUGUCGACUUCAACAGGGAUACACCCUGUCAGCUGGAUCCUGGCGUCCUUCUUUGUGGCUUUACUGAUUGCGGACGCGAGCGGCCAAACACCAAGUACAACCCUUUACAAUGAAACCGGCACUUUGGUCGAUGAUGCGACUUUCCGUGGCGAAUGCAGAGACCUUGUGGCCAACAUCAGCGACUAUGACACGAUCUCGCCCAACGUUUCAAAGAUGUUCUGCAGCUGUCUGCGUACGUCAAAUCGCGUGCAGAGCCCACCCUGGUUGCCCAAUCCGACGACGCGAACGUUCACGGCAUUGCUUCACGCCUUGCUUCCGUUGGGCAACCCAGCGCAGUUUCCGGUCGGUCAGCAGAUGCUGUGGGCCACGUAUAUCACUCUGUUCCACCUGAACAGCUACGGGUCGGACGAUUUGAAGCUCGCGAUCAAUUUGUGGCAGACGGACUGUGACACCCUGCGCACCACACGCACAGUCGCCGAUCUGCUCGUCAACAACAUUGGCACGGGCAUCGUGGGGCCGGCCUGCAGCGCGGCAAGCGAGCUGCUCAACAACUUUGCUCCGUACCUGAGCAUGGCCGACGUGGCGUAUAGUGUGGAGUCUUCCAGGCUCAACAGGCGCGUUGACUACGCCUCGUUUCACCGCAUUGCGGCCACGUCUGAAAUAUACACCAACGCCUGGAUAGAAAUGAUGCAGAAUCUUGGCUGGAAAUCGGUGUCUGUGAUAUCGGAGAACAGCGAAGAUUUCCAGGUGGUCCUGGACGCCUUUCAAUCACACGCUAUCAGGGAAGCUGACAAGAUCGAGAUCAAGGCAUUGGAAUCUGUGACCAAUGACUUUGACGUGGACAUUGUGUGGAGCAACAUCCGCCGUGCCAGAACAAGAGUUGUGAUUCUCAUGAUGUUUGAGCCACUUGCGCAGAAAAUUGCCUGCUCGGCAUAUCAUAAGGGCUUCAGCAGCGCGUGCUGCGCCGGGAAAACACAGCUCACCUUCGUCGUGCCGGGGUGGUACUCUGAGUUUUGGUUCACACAGAACGUGUCCUUCGUUGCCAACUCUGUGACCUACAACUGCACGUCGGAGCAGAUGAUGUCCAUGGCCGCCCAUACGUUCAGCAUGAGCCAGCAGCUGUACCGUUCCGACGAAGACACCGUGCUGGACAUUACAAAUGACUACAAGAUGUCCGUUACCCGCUACAAGCAACUCAACGCUCUUGCAGCGACACACUGCUACGCGUUUCCAACUAUCCCCGUCGCCUAUGACAGUCUGAUGCACGACUCCAUCGUCAUCUACUACAAAGCUCUGCAGUUGCUGCAGGAGACACUGAAACACUCCAACACCACGUACCGGAGUCCCGACUGGAAGCUAAACUAUAUCCAAGGACAGAAGCUCCUGGCUAUACGGUGGGUGCUGAUCUACCUGGUUGGCAAGGUGGACUUCGAGAGCCUGUCUGGACACGUCUACUUCAGAAAACUGAACCGCACCUUUACCACCAAUGUGCGCGAGGCCCAGGCGGAGGUGGAGAAGAUCAUGGAGUACGGCAACUUUUCCAGUAUCAUUGGUGACUUUCGGGCCAGUGAGCCUAAUCGACCGGUCAAUGCAACAAUCCGGCAGCGAACGGCCAAUGGGUCGGAUCUGCUGAUAGCAACGCUGGACCCCGAGUAUCGCAUCCACACGUAUCUGCCGGAGAGGCUGACCUGGGGACAGUGCUGCCCCAACAGCAUACCAAGUGAUACCAUACCGGAAACGGAUUCUGAAUGCACCUAUUUGUCUGAGUCGCUGGUGGAGAACCUCGGAGGCUGCUCCCAGGCUCUAGGCUUUAUCAUCGGAUUCAGUAUUGGCCUGUUGCUUCUGAUAUUCGCGGUCGUGGCUGUAGUUUGGCAAAGAUGGUACAAGAAAAAGAUCAAGGUGAUCAAGCGGGCAGCUCAGUAUGGUCUAGACAUGGACAGCACUGAUCUGAUGGAGAAGACGCAGGCACUCAGCAAGUGGGAGCUGCCCAGGUCCAGCAUCAUCAUCAACCGGCGUCUGGGCGAAGGUGCGUUCGGAGCAGUGUACGGUGGAGAGUUGAUCCCGGACCGAGGUAACUCCACGUCCAGUACUGUCAAUAUGACCUGCACUGGAGUGGCGGUCAAGACACUUCACGAUGGCGCCAACAACGAGGAGAAGAGUCAGUUCCUGGCAGAGGGACAGCUGAUGACGACCUUCGAUCAUGAGAACAUUGUCAAGCUGCUGGGCUUCUGCACCAAAGACGAGCCGUUCUACGUUGUGAUGGAGUUGAUGAUGCACGGUGACCUCAAGGGUUAUCUUCUGUCCUAUCGGCAUCUGUGUGGUAGCGGAGACCCGAGUGAGCUGCAUAGCGAAAGGCUGACGUCGAUGGUAACACAAAUCGCUAACGGCAUGGCCUAUCUGGCAGAACUACGCUUCGUGCAUCGUGACAUUGCAGCGCGUAACUGCAUGGUGACCAUAAACUACACGGUGAAGAUUGGCGACUUUGGAAUGGCGCGUGACAUGUACACAAACGACUACUACAGAGUGAAAGCAGAAGCUCCAUUACCUGUACGGUGGAUGGCGCGGGAGAGCCUCUUCGACGGCCGCUUCACUCUGCCCUCGGACAUGUGGAGCUUCGGUGUGGUUGUCUGGGAGGUGAUCACGUUCGGUGAGAUGCCCUUCCCGGGUAUGGUAAACGGCGAGGUGAUCGAGCACGUACGCGAGGGUGGCACGGCUCUGCUACCGCCACACUGUCCGCAGAAUCUGAGGGUGUUCAUCAACUCCUGCUGGACCAGCGAUCCCGAAAGCCGUCUGACAGGGGCGGACGCUGUCACUGCCCUUCGCCGGGAUCCUCGUCUCGUUGUGCCGUGUGUGGAGGCACCGCGGACACGUAGAAACCGAGGAGGAACAGCUGGCAGUAUGAAGACAACCGUUGAAGCACAGCAGGUGGUAAGGCGUCGCAACGGGGCACCAGGAUCAUCGCCGAUACCGGAACAAACUCUUGCACGCUCCCUCGAAGAGGUGGACGAGACUGCAUUCAGUGGCAUGGAUCGCUACGUGGUCAACCCCAGCAGUGUGAGAACCGAGUCGCGGAGGGACCUGCUGGUCAAGAAUCAGUCGGCGAAUCUGGAUGAUGGCUACGAGAACACGGAUCUGGUCGGUGCGAAACCCGCCGCUCGCACGGGCUAUGAAAACACCGAACUCACCCGUGCUAACGCGGACCUCGCCUACGCAGACAAAGACCUUGGCUACGUUAAUACUGACCUGUCUUAGCUGUUGUUGGUCUGUGGUGUGAAAUUAACUGCACAUCACUGAUCACACCACCACCACCACACACUAUACUCUUUAUUUACUGGUUGGUCUGCGGGUACUGGGAUGGGGUAAUGGAUAUUCGGAUAUCUUCAUUCUGGAUGACAUCGUGCUUUUUGUUAGUCCUAUUAAAUGGAAACCCAGGCCUAGAAUAGUAGCAGAAAGAUCCAAUAGAACAGGUAGGUGUGCCUGACGGAUGCUGCACUGCAUGUAUCCAUGCAGGUCGUGCUUGGUGCAAUACUGAACAACGAGUCAAUCCCAGUCACCCAAAGUACCUGUCACCGAUUAAGAAAAAGUAGAUAUUUCGUUUUUUAUUCUUGAGCUUCUUUUAUCAACAGAGAUAUUAGUCUACCGGUAUUUGAAAUAGAACGAUUCACCUUAGAUUUUCUAUAAUUUUUCAGCUUUCCACUCAUACAUGUUUUUUUUGCGUGUGAGCUUGUCACACCACAAGGACAUCAUGGACAUACGUAACACAAAACUUUAUUCAUAAUUAUCGUAUCUGUUUUUCACGCGUAGAUUCUUUUACACACAGCCACACUUAGAAGUAGCGGCUUUGGGGCUACAAGUAAAUGACGUAUUUUACUUGUAGGAACAACCAGCAACAACUCAUUUUUAUGAUUUUUAUUUCUAUGCUUUUGUGUACACAUGCGCUGCAAUCCUGUUGCUAUCUUGAGCCUCCCCUAUUUCAUAUUCAAAUUGUAGCAUAAUUAUACGGUAUAUCAUGGUAAUUGGUGAGAUAGUUUGGUGCUUGCAAAGUAUGAUUGUGCAUUCA